GGUUGCGCGGGAGCGCUGUGAUGAUAGCAUUCAUUUACAAACUGGGCUUUUACUGUCACAUAUCAGGUAUCCGCGCCUGGGAGUUCUGUGAUUAAGCUGUGAUUUGAGGCGACCGAGCUGUUUUACGGGCAGUAGCAGGUUGAUUCUGAGUUAGAUGGGGAAAUCGUGACUUGGGGGUGGGGGGCUGAGUUGUAGUAACGGAACCGUGGGAAGGGCAGCAUCUUGGACCUAUCAACAUCACCAGCAUCCCUUAGGUGCGUGAGUGAGAGAGAGAGUGUGUGUGUGUAUGUGUGAGUGUGUGUAUGUGAGAGAGGGGUCUGUCUUGCGCUGUGGAUAACCCAGAAUAAGUGCCGUCACAGGACAAGAUCUACAACCGGAUUUCACCGGGGAGAAAGAGAACCCCAAGCACGAGAGAAGGCUUGGCCCCCGGUCCGACCCCUGUUCUCUGCCCGGCACCUGCGCUCCCUCAGCCCGCUGUUCUAGUCCUGAACCCCGGUGCGAGUCGGUCGCUCACUUCGCACCGUCGCAAUGAAGGAGCCCGACGCGAUCAAACUCUUCAUCGGACAGAUCCCGCGGAAUCUGGAGGAGAAAGACCUGAAGCCGAUCUUCGAGCAGUUUGGGAAGAUCUACGAGUUGACGGUGAUAAAGGACAAGUACACUGGCAUGCACAAAGGAUGUGCCUUCCUGACAUAUUGUGCCCGGGAAUCAGCCCUCAAGGCCCAGAGUGCACUGCACGAGCAGAAGACCCUGCCAGGGAUGAACCGACCCAUACAGGUCAAGCCAGCCGACAGUGAGGGCAGAGGAGAGGACAGGAAGCUGUUUGUAGGGAUGCUGGGGAAGCAGCAGUCUGAUGAGGACGUCAAGAAGAUGUUUGACCCCUUCGGCUCCAUUGACGAGUGCACUGUGCUGAGGGGGCCUGAUGGCACCAGCAAAGGCUGUGCGUUUGUGAAGUUCCAGAGCCAUGCAGAAGCUCAGGCUGCCAUCAACACUCUCCACGGGAGUCGCACUCUUCCAGGUGCGUCCUCCAGUCUGGUGGUGAAGUUUGCGGACACAGAGAAGGAGAGGGGCCUGCGGCGGAUGCAGCAAGUGGCCUCGCAGCUCGGCAUCUUCAGUCCCAUGAGCCUCAACUUCGGAGCUUACAACGCAUAUACACAAGCACAGGUCCAGCAGCAAGCCCUGGUGGCUCAGUCUGCGUACCUGUCGCCCGUAGCAACAGUCGCCGCGGUACAGAUGCAGCAGAUGGCAGCACUGAACGCCAACGGCCUCAUAGCCACGCCCAUCACCUCCCUCACCCCCUCGUCCGGCACAAACACUCCGCCCACUAUCACAGCCACACCCAUGACGGCUCUGCCUCCAAUCAGUGUCAACGGCUACAGCACUUUGCCCACGCAAGCCAAUGGGCAUCCUGCAUCUGAAACCAUUUACACCAAUGGCGUGCAUUCAUACCAAGCCCAGAGUCCAGCUACGGCGGGGCUGGACACUCUUCAGCAGGCGUACGCAGGCAUGCAGCACUACACAGCGGCGUACCCUGCUGCAUACGGAUUGGUUGGGCAGCCGUUUCCACAGCAACCCACCCUGGUUGCCCAGCAACACCAGCAGCCCCAGCAACAGCAGCAACGAGAAGGUCCUGAAGGCUGUAACAUCUUCAUCUACCAUCUGCCUCAGGAGUUCACAGACUCUGAGAUGCUGCAGAUGUUUCUGCCCUUCGGGAAUGUCAUCUCUGCCAAGGUGUUCGUGGACCGCGCCACCAACCAGAGCAAGUGCUUCGGCUUUGUGAGCUUUGAUAACCCAGGCAGUGCACAGGCGGCUAUCCAGGCCAUGAAUGGCUUCCAGAUCGGCAUGAAGAGACUCAAAGUGCAGCUGAAGCGUCCCAAAGAUGCCAACCGCCCGUACUGAGGCACUGACAAGAACACACGUGGAGGUAGAGGCUUGGAAGAUGUUGACUGGGCAGUGAAGGCGUCUCCUCCUCAGCCAUGGAGAGUGGAAGCUAAACUACUACGCAAACCUGACACUCAAUAGUUUGCUAUCAUGUACAGCAUUAUAUGUUCACAUACACACACACACACACACACACACACACACACACACACACAUACUUUACACACAGUUGCUCACAUAUGCUUACACACUCUCACACACAGCAUAUCCAAACAUAACCAACCAAACAUCUCAUCAGAAGGGGGCAUAUCUGUGUAGAGGACACUGUAAAUAAUUCAAAUUAAUGACAUACCAACACACACACACACACACACACGCACACACAAAUCAUCUAACGUAUUAACUGUGGUGGGUGGGCCUAACAAGUCGGAGAUGUGGCAGUUGAUGGACUGAAAAUGAGACCGUAUGGACCAAUUAUGGGAGAAAGACUGGAAUCAGAGGUAGAGGGAGAUCCCGCUGAUGCGGAACAGGGCCUUUCCUAUACAGUAGAAUAACAACAAGAGAAAGUAAAAAAAUAAAAAAAAUAAAAA